AGAAUCAGAUUAAAAAUAUAAAAAUCACAAAUUUUUUUUCCUAAAUUACAGAAAAAGAUGACUGAUAUUACUAAUUAAGUUCUGACGAGUAAUUUGAACGAGGCCAAGCCAACGCCUGGGCCUGGCCUGGAGCUGGAGAAGCGAACACCAUAGCCAUCCUCAACUUCCCCGAGGUUGAUUGUUUGUCAAAUUAUUAUUACAGAGUUGUAUAAAGAAGAAAACAAUUCUUUAAGUUUUCAUUUUAAAGUAACAGGGUGAAAAUGGCUGCGUCCGAGGAGAACAGUGCAUUGUUCCCAAUCUUUGUUUUGACUAUAAUGGCUUUGCCGUUGGUGCCAUAUACUCUUGUUAAGAUUUUGAAUGCAUUCUCGAGGAAGAUGAUAACUAUCCACUGCCAGUGUUCUGUGUGUUCUCGUUCUGGAAAGUAUAGGAAAUCUGUUUUCAAACGGAUCUCGAACUUCUCAACGUGUAGUAAUCUGACCCUUGUACUUCUUUGGAUUGUCAUGGUGAUGCUGAUAUAUUAUAUCAAGAAUACGAGUCAUGAGGUUAAAGUGUUUGAGCCAUUUAGUAUUCUUGGUUUAGAACCUGGAGCCUCAGAUUCAGAAGUAAAGAAGGCAUAUAGGAGACUUUCAAUACAGUAUCAUCCUGAUAAAAAUCCAGAUCCAGAGGCCCAUGAUUAUUUUGUUGAAUACAUUUCAAAAGCUUAUCAAGCCCUGACAGAUCCAGUCUCUCGGGAGAAUUUUGAAAAGUAUGGCCACCCAGAUGGCAGGCAGGGUCUUCAAAUGGGUAUAGCCCUACCUCCAUUUCUGCUGAAUAUUGAUGGAGCAUCGGGUGGAAUACUUCUGCUGGGAAUAGUUGGAGUAUGCAUUCUUCUGCCUUUGAUGUUGGCUGUUAUAUAUCUCUCAAGAUCAGCCAAAUAUACUGGAAAUUAUGUGAUGCAUCAAACAUUGUCAGCCUACUACUACUUCAUGAAACCUUCUUUAGCUCCAAGCAAGGUCCUGGAUGUCUUUAUAAAAGCUGCAGAAUUCAUGGAAAUCCCAGUUCGGCGAAGUGAUGGGGAACCCCUUCAGAAAUUAUUCGUGUUGGUUAGGAGCGAGCUGAACUUGGACCUUAAGAAUAUUCGUCAAGAACAAGCCAAGUUUUGGAAGCAACACCCAGCUGUUGUAAAGGCUGAGUUGUUGAUACAAGCCCAGUUGACUCGUGAGUCUGCAGCUCUGACUCCAGCCUUGUUUCGUGAUUUGAGACACAUGCUUGAGGUUUCACCCCGCCUACUUGAGGAACUAAUGAAGAUGGCAUUAGUACCACGCACUGCUCAAGGGCAUGGAUGGUUGAGACCUGCGAUUGGUGUGAUUGAGCUUUCACAGAAUAUCAUUCAGGCAGUUCCGCUAAGUGCUAGAAAGAUUGCUGGGGGAUCUAGUGAAGGUGUUGCACCCUUUCUACAGCUGCCGCAUUUUAAUGAAGCCAUAGUAAAAAAGAUAGCACGGAAGAAAGUGCGAAUGUUUCAAGAUCUUCGUGACAUGACCUUGGAAGACCGAUUUGAACUGCUGACUCAGGUUGCAGGGUUAUCUACUGCUGAAACCAAAGAUGUGGAGAUGGUUCUAGAAAUGAUGCCUUCUUUGACAAUUGAUAUCACUUGUGAGACAGAAGGUGAAGAGGGGAUACAAGAGGGUGAUAUUGUCACGAUCCAUGCUUGGAUCACACUCAAGCGUGGGAGUGGCCUUGUUGCUGCUCUUGCUCAUGCUCCGUACUUCCCCUUCCACAAGGAGGAGAAUUUUUGGUUACUGCUCGCUGACUCUGUCUCCAAUGAUGUUUGGAUCUCCCAAAAGGUGAGCUUCAUGGAUGAGAAUGUGGCCAUAGCAGCGGCGUCUAAAGCAAUUCAAGAGUUGAAGGAAGGGUCAGGGGCAAGCCUGAAGGAGACAAAUGCAGCUGUUAGAGAAGCUAUUGGGAGAGUAAAGAGUGGGUCAAGGUUAGUAAUGGGCAAGUUCCAAGCUCCCGCUGAGGCAAAUUACAACUUGAAUGCAUUCUGCUUGUGUGACUCUUGGAUUGGUUGUGAUAAGAAGACAAACUUGAAGAUCAGAAUAUUGAAACGGAGUCGAGCAGGUACAAGGACAGCUCCUUUGUCAGAAGAGGGAGCUGCUAUGGAAGAGGGGAUUGAAGAGGAAAAGGAGGAAGAAGAAGAUGAAUAUGAUGAUUAUGAGAGUGAAUACAGCGAAGAUGAGGAUGAAAAAGAUUCAAAGAGGAAUAGAGCUGUGGCCAAUGGUGCUGUCGAUCAUAAUGGAAAUGGAUCAAGCUCUGAAAUUACUGACAAUGAGUGAAAAAAACUUUUUAUUUUUCAUUUUUCCUUUGUGGGAACGGAGGGAGAAGGGAUGGGUCAUAUUAAUUUCUUUUAUUUUGCAACAUUUAAUUAUACAAUAUACAAAUCCACACCUUGAUAUGAACUUAAAUGCCAU